GCCAUCGACAGCGACGGCGUCGGCGGCACCAAGAUCAGCACCGUCGACCGCUUUACCGUCUUGGAAUCCUCCAUCUACAACGCAUUUUUGAAGGCCUUCACGACGGAGCUCCGGAAGGUUCCGAGAGUGGAGGCGGUGGCGCCGUUCGGAGCUUGUUACAAGACGGGCAGCUUCGGGAGCACGCGGCUGGGGCCCGGCGUGCCCUCCAUCGACUUGAUUCUGCAGAACAAAAAGGUGAUUUGGAGAAUCUUCGGAGCAAACUCGAUGGUGCAGGUGAACGACGACGUUUUGUGCCUUGGGUUCGUGGACGGAGGGGCAAAUGCGAGAACUUCUAUUGUUAUUGGGGCGCACCAGAUUGAAAAUAAUUUGCUGGAGUUUGAUUUGGCCACUUCCAGGCUUGGAUUUAGCUCCCUUCUCUUUGGUCGGAGGACUACCUGCGCUAAUUUCAAUUUCACGUCCAAAGCUUGAUUAAAAUAACAAAAUUAAUAAAUUAAUAAAUUUGAGUUCAAAAGUUUAAAACCCAUCCAUAAAUAUUGUAUUUUGGCAUUAUGUGAGACGCUUUUAUUUUAUUUUUAAUAUUAUGUGUUGGUUGUGAAUUACAUUUCAUUCGAGAUUCGGAUAAAGUGGUGGCAUUAUUAUAAUUAAAUACAACGUACCGACCGGAUUUACGGAAA